GCUGUCUCUACGCAAACAUGCUUCUGGCAAACAAUCUCCUGCAUCCCUCCCCUGAGGAGGAGAACAGGAAGCAUAAGAAAAAGCUCUUGGUCCAGAGUACUAACUCUUACUUCAUGGAUGUGAAAUGUCCAGGUUGCUACAAAAUCACCACUGUGUUCAGUCACACUCAGACAGUGGUUCUCUGUGUCGGCUGCCCAACUGUCCUGUGCCAGCCCACUGGAGGAAAUGCCAGGUUGACAGAAGAAUGCUCCUUCAGGUGAAAGAAGCAUUAAAUUAAGCAGCUGGUUGUCCCUGGUGGGUGGGGCUAU